CAUCUCAAAGACUUCGGACAUCAACACUGCCGCGUCGUCUACACAUCACUCUCGUUAUAUUGUGUGGCCUUGCCAGAGAGUGACCGAGGGUUCCGCAGGCUCGAAUACCAUCGUUGGCGAGAAUGGCAGUCUUCAGCAAUGGCGAUUCCUCAAUACCACCACCUCCCCCAGACACAUUAGCACCUCCUCCGCCCCCAAGUUCGAGUGCUCCACCCCCGCCCAGCGAGUUACCUCCUCCUCCACCAUCAGAUGCGCUUCCUCCGCCGCCAGAAGAGCCUGCGAAGAAGAAGAAGGCGGGAUGGGGAGCCUCUCGGGACCGUGGACCGCUGAGUAUCGAAGACAUUCUCAAGAAGAAAAAAGAGGCCGAUGAGGCCGCAGCAAAGCCAAAAUUCUUGUCGAAAGCUGCGCGAGAAAAGCUAGCUCUGGAAAAGAGACAGAAGGAGGUCGAGGAGGCGAAGCGCAAACUCGAGGCAGAACGAAAUGGGGUCACGCAUAGCUCAAAUGGACAUGCAGCUCCGAAUGGAAGAGACAACUCAGAACGAUUAGCACCGCGGGAGACCAAUGGCCGAGGCUCCUCGUCCGUUCCUACCGGACCCCGAGCAAUGCGUCAAGCCGAUGCCCCUGCAGGUCCAGCGGCGGUGCGAAACCGAGAACAAAAUCGGCCAGGUGGCGACACGGGGGCUCCCACGAAACAGCUUACAUCCAGCGGAAAAGCAUCUCUGGCUGGCGAGAAGCGUCCAGCAAAUGGGGAUGAUACACAAGCUGCUCUUAUUCGAACACGGUACAUGGGUGCGGAUACGAAUCAGUCAACGUUCUCUGCGAAGAAGAAGCGGAGGCGGACGACCGAGAAGAAGUUCAACUUUGAGUGGAACGUUGAAGAAGAUACAAGUCCGGACUACAAUCCCAUAUACUCUACCCGCGCUGAAGCCAAUUUCUUUGGUAGAGGACGGUUAGGUGGAUUUGCCGAAGAUCUCAGUGAAACUGGUGCUGCAAAGUAUGCUAAGGCGUUGGAAGAACGGGAUUCGGAGGCUGGCAGUGCUCGAGCAAGAGAAAUUAUGGAGAUGGAACGGCGGAGGAAAGAGGAUGCCGGUGGAAGAAAUUCUCUUGACAAGCAUUGGAGCGAGAAGAAACUUGAGCACAUGCGAGAACGAGAUUGGCGUAUCUUCAAGGAGGACUUCAACAUCAGUACCAAGGGAGGAGCGAUUCCAAACCCUAUGCGAAAUUGGCAAGAGUCCGGUCUUCCGAAGCGUUUGCUCGAUAUUAUCGACCAAGUUGGAUACGAUCAGCCUUCGGCAGUUCAAAGGGCAGCUAUCCCCAUUGCGUUACAGGCAAGAGAUUUGAUCGGUGUGGCUGUUACUGGUUCCGGUAAAACUGCUGCCUUUUUGUUGCCGCUAUUGGUAUACAUCUCCGAGUUGCCCCCUUUGAACGAAUUCACCAAGAACGACGGACCAUACGCUAUUAUUCUUGCACCAACUCGUGAGUUGGCUCAACAAAUUGAAGUCGAGGCCAAGAAGUUUGCAACACCACUCAACUUUACUUGUGUUAGUAUUGUUGGUGGUCAUUCCCUCGAGGAGCAGUCCUACAAUUUGCGUAACGGUGCCGAGAUUGUUAUUGCAACUCCCGGUCGUUUGGUGGAUUGUAUUGAAAGGCGGGUCUUGGUUUUGGGCCAGUGCUGCUAUAUCAUCAUGGAUGAAGCUGAUCGAAUGAUCGAUCUUGGUUUCGAGGAAUCGGUCAAUAAGAUCCUUGACGCUCUUCCCGUUGGAAACGAAAAGCCUGACACGGAUGCUGCUGAAGACGCCCAAGCGAUGAGCAGGCAUCUCGGUGGCAAAGAUAGGUAUAGGCAGACAAUGAUGUACACAGCUACCAUGCCACCUGCCGUGGAAAAGAUUGCCAAGAAAUACCUGAGGAGGCCAGCAAUAGUCACCAUCGGUAACGUCGGAGAAGCCGUCGAGACUGUUGAACAGCGCGUCGAGUUCGUGUCAGGUGAAGAUAAGAGGAAGAAGCGUUUGAACGAGAUUCUCGCUUCCGGCGAGUUCCAACCUCCUAUCAUCGUAUUUGUCAACAUCAAACGCAAUUGCGAUGCUGUGGCUCGAGAUAUCAAACAUAUGGGCUUUUCAUCAGUCACUUUGCAUGGUAGCAAGACGCAAGAGCAACGUGAGGCUGCUUUGGCGUCUGUGCGAUCUGGAACUACAAAUGUCCUGGUUGCAACCGAUCUUGCAGGCAGAGGUAUCGAUGUUCCCGACGUCAGCCUGGUGGUCAACUUCAACAUGGCAACCAACAUUGAAAGUUAUACGCACAGAAUUGGUCGUACUGGUCGUGCCGGCAAAAGUGGUGUUGCUAUCACUUUCUUGGGCAACGAGGAUUCAGAUGUUAUGUAUGAUCUUAAGCAGAUGUUGAUGAAGAGCUCGAUAUCACGGGUCCCAGAGGAAUUGAGGAAACACGAGGCCGCUCAGCAGAAAUCAGCCAGGAGUGGAGGAGGGCAGAAGAAGAUCGAAGAUAGUUCAGGGUUUGCGGGCAAGGGGGGCGGCUGGUAAAUUACUCGAGCAUCAAUCGCAAAUUUAGAGUUCUCUGUUUUUGUUUGUUUGUACUUUGAUUCGGUUGUGAAAGCCCCUUUUUAAGCGAGUUCCACUUCUUCCAGCGAACCUUCCUUCAAUGUUCGUCCGGUUUAGAAACACCUUCCUUAAGCUGAAACCCACUGUUUACUCUUGUCCUAACUUAUUACUUCGCCGAAACUUUUCGACUUUUCGCCCGUCUUCAUUGGCUCUUCCCUCUUUUCCACCUACUUUGUCACUCCAAUACUUUCGCACACUGUCCUCUUUGUUACCUUUACCAGAGCAAUACUCCCAUAUACUUACUAUCUUCGUUGCUUUACUAGUCUGACAAUUUCGUUCAAAAU